CAGGGUAGCCGGAGCGGGCGGCGGUGCAUGGGAGCGCGCGCGCGGGGCUUCAGACCCUUCCCAGAGGACUGCGGUUCUUCGGGCGCGCCUUAAAUUCCGCGCCUGCCGGGGAGCCGCGGGGAGGCCAUGGCUGCCGUCGGCUUCAAGGCUGCGGGCAGCGGCUUGUGGAAGGGCAACGGGGCUGGCUUGCAGCUGGCCGCCGCCGUCUUCUGCCAGAGCUGCAGCUCCGCCGCCAGCAGCGGCCCUGGCGAGGGCAGGCGGGCGGGCUGGGGCCAGCAAAGGGCUCAGCACCAGUCUGCGGGGCAAUUCCCACCCCCGGCAGCCCCCGGCAGAGCCCGGAGAGCCGCAGAGCCCAGCCCGGCCGCAGCCGGCCCCCUGAGCAGCCAGCCCAGCCCUGCCGAGGGCGCCGACACUAAGUCCUACCUAUGGGCCAGAUACCACGAGAUGAAAAAGCUGGUGUAUGAUCUUCUUCCACCAGGAGUCUGCAAUCUCCUUAACCCUGCAGCUAUCUACGCAAAUAAUGAGAUCAGCUUGAGAGAUGUUGAGAUCUAUGGCUUUGAUUAUGAUUAUACAUUAGCACAGUACUCUAAUUUAUUGCACUCUAUGAUAUUCAACACUGCCAGAGACAUACUAAUUGAACAGUACAAGUAUCCAGAAGGACUCAAGAAAUAUGAUUACCUUCCAGGAUUCGCCAUCAGAGGGCUUCACUACGAUGUGCAAAAGAGUCUUCUGAUGAAGAUUGAUGCUUUCCAUUAUGUCCAGUUGGGGACUGCAUAUAGAGGGCUAAAGCCAGUGCCUGAUGAUGAGGUUAUCGAAUUGUAUGGUGGUACCCAGCACAUCCCACUGUACCAGAUGAGUGACUUCUAUGGCAAGGGUCCUUCAAUUAAACAAUUCAUGGACAUCUUCUCCCUUCCUGAAAUGACCCUGCUCUCCUCUGUCAUUGACUAUUUCAUAAAUCAUGGCAUUGAAUUUGACCAGGUUCAUCUUUACAAGGACAUAUCUGAUGCCAUUAAAGAUGUGCACGUGAAAGGAAUGAUGUACAAAUGGAUUGAGAAGGACAUGGAGAAAUAUAUUCUUCAUGGGGAUGAAACUUAUGCUGUCCUAAACCGACUGGUUAACCUCAACAAGAAACUCUUCCUUAUUACAAACAGCCCCUUCAGCUUUGUAGAUAAAGGAAUGAAACAUAUGGUUGGCAAGAACUGGCGGGAUCUCUUUGACAUGGUCAUUGUGCAAGCUGAUAAACCCACCUUUUUCACUGAUAGACGCAAACCUUUUAGAAAAUUGGAUGACAAAGGCUCACUUCAAUGGGACAAAAUAAACAAACUAGAAAAGGGAAAGAUCUACAAACAGGGAAAUUUGUUUGAUUUUCUAAGGCUAACAGGUUGGCGUGGGUCCAAAGUACUUUAUUUCGGUGACCAUCUGUACAGCGAUCUUGCAGACUUGAUGCUGCGUCAUGGCUGGAGGACUGGAGCCAUUGUACCAGAACUGGAACCUGAAAUCCGGAUCAUCAAUACAGAGCAGUACAUGCACUCGCUGACUUGGCAACAGGCACUCACAGGGCUGCUGGAGAGAAUGCAGAUGUAUCAAGAUGCAGAAUCAAAGCAGGUGCUGCUGGAAUGGAUGCAAGAGCGUCAGGAAAUUAGGUCCCUUACGAAGAACUUAUUCAAUCCUCAGUUCGGGAGCAUCUUCCGAACCUUCCACAACCCAACCUACUUCUCUCGGAGACUGAUCCGGUUUUCUGAUAUCUACAUGGCAUCUAUCAGCUGCCUGCUGAACUAUGAUGUGAACUUCACCUUCUUCCCCCGGCGCACCCCUCUGCAGCACGAGGCGCCCCUCUGGAUGGAUCAACUCUGCACGGGUUGUAUGAAGACCCCCUUCCUGGAGGAGAUGGUGCACAUCCGAUGAAGGGAAAGUGUGUGAGCUGAAGUUUACAGUAAUGUAGUGCUAGAAUUGUUUGUACAAAGGGUCAGGCUGUUUGGCCAUGAAUUGCCUAUGGCUAAAGAUGAUUUUAACGUGGGUGUGGGUUGUGUUUGGUGUGUUGUCCCUGACCAUCACUGAACCUUGCCUUCCAGCACUUCCAAAUAUCUACCUUGCUAACAAAUUGGUGCUUAAGUUAAGUGGAAGGGAGAUAUGAUUGACUAUUUUAACUUACAAAGCAUUCUUAGAGUUGGUUAGGUAGAAGUAAAACAAUCACAGCAAGCUGCAUUUCAUGACCCCCUAAUGUUUUUAAAACUCCAUCUUCAGCCCCUGCCCGAAUUCUGGCCCAAAUCUUCUAAUAUGGGUAGCUGACAUUAGGUAACUGCAGUUAGGCACCUUAGCGAGAAGUGGCCUGAUUCUCUGAAGUGCUAAGCAAACCCACCUCUCUUCUCUCCCAUAAAUUUAAAGGUUUAUUCGGCACCUCCGAAAGCUGAUUUUAGGCAACUUAACUUUUGAAUGUUUUGGUCUCUGAAUAUAGAGGCUUUUUUUCUUCACUUGAUAUAGAAACAGUUCAAAAGCUAAGAUCUUGACACACUGCUUAGAAGCUGCAUUUUUGCAGCCUUUGACAUUAAAAUCAUGUAUUUGCCAUGUCUUUGAGGAUUGUUUUGAAAAGCAUGGAAGUUAAAUUAUAAUGGAUUUAAAAUCUUCAUGUCCUAGUCUUAAAUAUAUUUAAGUCAACACUUUAAAAUUUAACACUGAAAAGUAUUGGCUUGAAAAAUCAAUCAAAACACUACCUUAAGUUUUACAGUAAACAGCUUAGAGCUCAUAUCUUCUCAAUAAGAUGAGCAAUGCCUCUGUAUUUGCACAAAUUGGGCCUUAUUCUGAAGUCAUGGGCUGGUGUGAAGUUACACCACCUCCAAUGUAAAACUGAGUGUAGAAUAAGGCCUGUUUGUAUUCUUGACUCAUCAAGGCUGUUCCUAUGGCUGCGGAAGAGAUUAUUCUGAUUCAGUAGCAGGAAAGCGGGGUGGGGGCGGGGGAAGCAACAAAGGAUAAAUUGUGAUCAAGCAUGGAGAGGUAGGUGAAUCUUGUGUUAAAUAUAUUUUUCCAAAAAAUGAAACCAGUGUUGUUGACAAUGGAUGGGGAUUACCUUAUGCCAAAUCUUUGGGUAGGAGACAGUGAUUUCUAGCUAUAGCUCUGCCUCAGCUUCUGUUUAGUACAAGUGUAGAAUGUCUGUGUAAUUGAAGGGGUGGAGUCUCAGGAGUUACAAAGGGCCAGAGAAGCAUAACUCCUGUGCUGCUGCUGCUGGAUGAGAGUACCCUGCACACACCAUACCACUGAAUCUCUUCUGCAUACUGCCAGGAAUCUUACUACUGCUCUUUCAAGUCGUUGGAAAUAUUAUGACAAGGAUGAAAGCACUGAGAGCUGCUCCUAGAUGGGGAUGCUAUUAAUAAUAAUCCUCCCUCCACCCAUCUCAGGUCAAAGCUGGCCCAUAAUUCAGCUUUGUCAGGUCUAUACAACGUAAAACCAUAUGGAAAGGUUACAUUGAAACCCGUGUUUUAAAACAUUCUCCUGUAAUGUUUACACCCCAAACAUAACAGUGCUAACCCAUGAGAACCUGUCUAAAGCUGAGAGAGAUUAAACCAGAAAAGAAUUUUAUCUUAAGAUAAUGGCAGUGGUAGUACAACACUUUAAACUCUGUGGUGAUAUCUAUUCCGAUUUCAACAUGAAGGAUGCAGUCAGUUUACAUCCUUGCAAUUGUCAAAGGAGUUUCGAAACACAGAAAGCAGUAACAUCUGACUGAAGUUUAUAUAGCCAUAAAACAAACUUAUUAGCAUAAACAUCCCUCUUCCCCAUUAAAUUUACAACACCCUCUUUUUCUGCCUGCCAAUAGACAUUUUUGAGCUAUGCUUAAAAUCAAGGCAUGCUGUUUAUUUCUAUUUAGAGACACUCCAGCUUGGGGACUGAGUGGAAGAAGCAAUUAAAUAGCUAACUGCCUUUGUUUGCCUUUUCUUCAGACUAUUUUAAGCUUUUUCUGCAGCCCAGCAUCAUCUCCCACAAUUCUGGUGUACAGCCCCCAAAGGCAGUUUAGAAGUGCAAGGCUGUGGAUGGAGGCCCCAGCCUGGGUUCCUACUUGCCACCUCAUCUUUCUUUUUCUUUUUUCCCCUCUUUUAACUGCCUUUCUCCUUCCCUGCUCUGGAGACUGAGCGGGGUUGGGUUUGCAACCACAGGAGCCUCUGCUGCAUCACCUCCAGGCUCUCACUUCUGCCUCUCUUUUGGAAGGGAAGAAGCACCCCUGAAAGCACCAUGUGAAGUAAAGAUACUUUCCCAAGCUGACAGUGAGGGAAACAUGAGCAGGCGGCCCUCAUCCAGUCAGCCCAGGGGAAGUCUGGAAUGCAAGGACAAGAGGUUUGUGAGGCUCAAGUGCCCCACCCCUCCCCCAUCUUGAAGUGACUGUUGAAUGCUGUAGCCCUCAUCCCAGUUGCUGACCCUGGCAGAGCAGGACUCAGAAGGCAGUUUUUAGAGGGUUUCAGGUCUUGUGGAAGGUCACAGCAGCACACCUACAUCCACAAGCAAACAAAAAAACAACCCAAAAGGAGCAAGAAAAACUAUCCACUGCCUCACCUUCCAGUGCUGAAGGGGAGCUUUCUGACUGUUAAUCUGAGCAGGGCCAAGGGAAAGCCCAAGAAUGAUUGAUUUAUUUUUGGCAAGAAGUUUUGAGUCUAUGUUCAAAACGGUGGUGGAUCCACAGUACAGAUC